CUCACCUACCCAGCUGUAUAUAAACACUUGCAGACUUAAGCCAGCCCUCUUUCACUUAAAGUACCUCCUCUUCACUCUUCAGAAGCUUGAAACAAAAUGCCGAAGCAGAUUCACGAGAUCAAGGAUUUCCUUCUCACUGCAAGAAGGAAGGAUGCUCGUUCUGUUAAAAUCAAGAGGAGCAGGGAUGUGGUUAAGUUUAAGGUUCGCUGCUCCAAGUACCUUUACACACUCUGUGUGUUUGACUCUGAGAAAGCUGACAAGUUGAAGCAAUCUCUUCCUCCAGGUUUGAGUGUGCAGGACCUGUGAAGAAAUUGUCUGAUCUAAAGAAAGCCAACUUUAAUCAGUUGGUUUGAUCAGAAGUGGAAGAAAUUUUGUUUUGUGCAUUUUGGUUCUCUCUCUCUGUGUUUUUUUCUAGCCCCUAACAUCAAAGAGUGUCAUGAUAAAUGUUAUUGAUUUCCAUUAGUUGUGGUUCACUUUCUUUACUAUUUGCCAUGAGUUUAUUGACUGGAGUUGUAUAUCAGUUGAGUAUUUUUAAUUAUUCAAGUAAAAAAUUCCCCCCUUUCAUGUUA